CACGGACGGCUGCUCGGCAACGGGCGGAAGUGGCGAGUAGAGGGCGAUGGCGGUGCUGUUGGGGCUGGGAGCGGUGGUCACGUUCGGGACCGGGACCGCGUUUUGUUACUGGAGGCUCCGCCAGGCCCGCACCACCGCCCGCCGCCUGCAGGAAGCACCAAAAUUUCCAUUGGAUCAAGACCUCAAGUCAGUUCUGUUAAAUGCACCAGGGAAAUGCCUUCCAUACGCUGUGGUAGAAGGUUUGGUCACCCCUGUCAAUGAGAUGUUGAACAGCCAGUUUGUGGACAGUUGCAGAGGGGUAAUACAUCGGUUGGUUUUAAAAGAGCACAAUGCAGUGUGGAAUCGGACCACGCACCUUUGGAAUGACUAUGAAAAGGUUCUACAUCAAAGGACUAACACUGUACCCUUUGACCUUCUGCUGACUGAUGGCAACCUUGGUGUAUCAGUGAGGGUGAUGAAACCCUUGGCAUCGUCGGAACUGGACCUGGAAACGGUGUACAAGAAGUUCCACCCCGUAGUGCAGACGCUCCCUAACAUCAUCGUUCAUUAUAUUAGCGGGGAGCGGCCGAAGGGGAUCACAGAGAUGGAACAAAUGCUCAGGGCUGGCGAUGUCGUCACAGGGGUCGGCGAACUUGUUUUGGACAAUAAUCUUAUAAAACUUCAGCCUCCUAAGCAAGGGCUUCAGUACUUCAUCUGCAGACUCAGUUUCCAGUCUCUCGUUGAAAAGCACAAGGCCAAGGUAAUGCAGUGGAAAGUCUUGACUAUUGUGUUUGGAAUUGUAACAUGUGCUACUCUAUCCUAUACGUUAUGGCGGCGGUAUAAACGGCACAAGAUGAAAGAGGAGCAGACAAGGGAGGAGGAAGAGAAGCUGGCAAUGAAGAAACGAUGCAUCCAGGAACUAGGCUUGACGGAAGAAGAGGUCCCUCAAAGUGCAUGUACCAUCUGCCUGAUGAGGGAGCAGAACUGUGUCUUUCUGCAAUGUGGACACAUUUGUUCCUGCCAUGAAUGCUAUAAGGCACAACUCGUUCCCAAAAUAUGCCCCAUUUGUAAGGAUCCCAUCUCCAGAGUAGUCCUGUUGUACAAUAGCUAAAUAUUCACCACCCCAACCUCUUCACCCAGCUAUGAAUACCUCACAUUUGCUUUACAGCAGAAUAUACAUUUAUUGAGAACAAUGAUAACAGGUACCACGGUGAUCGCACAACUACUACUUGUAUUACUGGUAAUACAAAUGCCACUGGGAGCUCGUGGUUAUCUCACAAUCUGGACAACACACCUGUCAGUUACAGUGAACAAAAUCUACACUGUGGGUUUCACUUUAUAUAUAACAUAGCAAAGGGUUUGAUCGCCAUCUUGUGGAAGAAUAGAGUAGAACAUCAAAACCUGCUGGUUUGAAAUGAGAACAUCUUCAGCAUGCAUCAGUCCUGAUGAAGGUUUCGGCCUGAAGUGUCAGCUGUUUAUUCAGUUCCUCCAGAAUUUUGUGGUUAUUGCUCUGGAUUUUCAGCAUCUGCAGCAUUUCUUGUGUUUAAAUUGUGCUGCUUGCUUCAUCGAUUGGAUUUAUGAUUAUAAAUCUUAAUUACUUAAGAUGGAAAUCUGAAAAAUUUGUGGUGGUCUGUGGGUUUAGAUCCCCUUCUUCAGCCCUUUACCUCCUCAACCUAUCACCCCCCUCGCCCCGCAUCUUAUUUCAUUGCACCCUCCCCCUCUCCUGGUCUCAUAAUCACCUGUAAGUUUGUCCUCUUUCCACAUUCCUCCUCCUCCUCAAUCUGGCAUCUUCCUGCUUCCUCUCCCGUCCAAACGACGGGUCUUAGUCCAAACUGUUGACUGUAAGUUCCCCUCCGUUUGAUGCACAAAGUUCAAAGUAAAGUUACUAUCGAAGUACAUAUGUCACCGUAUCCAAUCCUGAGAUUAAUUUUCUGGAGGGCAUACUGAAUAAAUCAAUAGUAGAAUAAUCAUAACAGAAUCUGUGAAAGACCACACUAACUUUUGUGUUUGAUCAGUGUGCUAAAGACAACAAAUUGUGCAGGUACAAAAAGAAAGAAAGAAUAAUAAAUCAAUAAGCAAUA